CCCUCGCCUCAAGACGGCCUAAUCUAUUCCAAUUUCUUUUUGGCUUUUAUUCGCCUUUGUCCUCGUGGGCAGGCAAAUCCUUCAGCUUGUCGGGUAAAAAAAAACCACCACUUUGCCAGAACCAAAACCAAAAUCCAUCGAAACACCCAUGACCUAGAAGAAAAAAAGGACGAUGGAAGGGCCAUUCAUUUCUACUGCACUGUACUGCACCGCACUGCACCAACCAGCCGAGAGCUGACUCGGCACCCUCCUAGCUUGGCAACAACCUCGUGCUCGCAUCACAUCACUUUCCCAAAACAAAAACCCACAGGCCAACUUUGUUGCGGGCUGGCUGCGGAUCGUGCGGCCACGUACGACAAGAGAGGACGGACCCAAACCAAAACCAAUUGAACCUCCAGCUGGCGGUGGACGAAUUUCCAUUUUCGGCCAAG